AUGUGUGUUUACGCGUGCGUUUAUGUGUAUUUUAACUGAGCUGUUUAUCGUCAGUGUACCUGGUGAUAUGUGUGUGAGAAUUACUGAAUGUAGUAUACAGUCUGGUUAGAGUAUUGAAUUUCCCUGACAUUUAAGAAAUGUGAAAAUGGAUAUAUUUUUUUUUCUCAGUUAGUUAUUACUCUGUGUUUUUCAAUGGCGGAGUUUAAUUUAGAAAUAAAAUUGCUUUGAGGAAAGUGUCAAGUUGGGCAAACUAUUGGAAUACGAUUAUUAGCCCUUGGAGUAUAUAGUUCCUUCAACGAUUUUAGAAGACUGUUUUCGUGAUAUGCGUUAUCACCAUAAUCGACAAGGGGUUCGAUGUUGACGACAGUGGUAAUGGUGAUGGUGGAUGUCAAAUUGUCGGGGACGGAAAUGUAUAUGUAUGGGAUUGUGAAAUAUAUAGCAACGACAACUCGCACUUCACGUGAUUCUCUUCAAUUGUCUUUUAAAGAAAAUGAUCCGGAAGUAACGUCUCACUAUAUAUACUCUGUUUAUUAUGUAGUUUUUUGUGCAAUGCGAGGGAGGAUUUUGCCCAGGGACAGUUGUACACCUCCAACCAACCACCCACUGCCAAGGGUUCUUUUACGUGCACACCGAUGUGUACACGGGUGUACACUUGCUAACAAAUGAAGUACCGCCACUGUCUGUUGUUUUCCUUUACCAUUUGUUUGGUAUGUGGUUUAUAGCGCAGUUGUCCUUGGUUGUCUAUUUGUCCAGCGUCAAUAACGAUAAUGAAAUCCACGAUGCCCUUCUGCAGAGCAGUUGUUGAUGGUUUUGUUAAUAAAAAGGGCUGAAGAUGUCUAAAUUGAAUAAUAUAACCUUUACCAGUACGCGGAAGUCAGAAGACGCGUUACUUAUUAAUGGCCACAUGAAAAGUGAAAGUUCCCGUUUACAUUCCAUUGAACAGUUUUUGUGAAAGAAAGAAAGAAACAAACAAUAUUUCGGUGAAUACCCGUUUCCAUGGUAACUUGUAAAUUUCUAUUGUUGAGAGGGUGUUAAAAAUAACAAAAGAUACAAUAAUAAACAGUGUCUGUUAACGCACAAGCAGACGUAGAUUUCUUUUUUAACUUCUUUUGGAGAAACUUCAAACGUCGACAGAUUAAAGUAGUUUCACCCCUCUGAUGUUAAAGACAUAUCAACUUGAUAUCUUUCACUGAUUUAUUUUUAACUUAUAUUAAAGAAAGAAUUGUGUUAAGUGUGAUUACAGAGAAAUGAUGUUGUUUUGAGCGAGGGGCUAUAAACAAACGACGGAAGAAUUGCAGGUCUGCCAAGGAAACGUCAAGACGUUCUUUUUUUAAUCAGAAUCUUUACGCCUGCCAUGCUACUUCCGGUUUUGUAUUUCGAGAAUAAAUUUUACAUUGUUUGACAUGGAUUGUCAUGGAUUCGAUUUACUAUGAUUAUGUUCCGGAUGUUGGAAUAUCUGUUAAUCUGUUUGUCAGAAGUCUUAAUAUGAGAUUUAGACCACAGAUUUGAAAGUUCGCCAAGAGAUAUUAAGUACAACUAUUGCGGUAAAGAGAAAUUAUUGUCAGUUUUUCCUUCCAAGCCCCUGCUUAUGUUUGGCUGCGGUUAUUACAACUUUGUCAAAAGUUCAAUUGCGUGGACCAGUGUGAUAUUAAGCAAGUUUAUUUGUGUAUCGAGUGCUUCUAAAAGGAGAUACAGAAUUGGUGCCUGGAUUAAAAAUAAAAUGGCGUUGUCGAAUAAACCACGUUUGGUUCAGAAGAACGGAAGAUGUAACGUGAAAGCGUGUAACAUGCGUCAUCGCCGUAUGCAAUUUAUUCUAGAUGGCUACACAAGCUUAUUGGAAUGUAAAUGGCAUCUGUUGGUUUUUAUAUUCAUGGUGUGUUUCCUUGUGACGUGGUCAUUAUUCGCCCUAAUGUGGUACGGCGUUGUUCAUUGGCACAAAGACUUCGAAAACAUUGACUCGAAGGAUUGGAAACCGUGUAUUUUAAAUGUUCGCACUUUUGAUUCGAUAAUACUUUUCUCCAUUGAGACACAGACAACCAUUGGUUACGGAUUUCGUUACGUCAGUGAAGAGUGUUCGCUAGGUGUGUUCCUAUUGGUUGUUCAAAGUAUUUUUGGCGCGAUGUUACAAGCGCUAAUUGCUGGAACUAUUCUGGCUAAAAUUCAAAGCCCCACGAAAAGAGCGAAGACGGUUAUUUUUAGUAAAUGGGCGUGUAUUUGUUUAGAAAAUGACGAACUCUGUUUAAUGAUUCGAGUGGGUAAUUUACGCCGCUCUGAAUUUGUUGGAGCCCAAAUCCGUGCCUUAUUUCUAGCGCAUAAGUUAACGGCGGAAGGAUAUUUUAUACCACAUCAUUUGUACGAAAUCCCCGUGAGUGUUCCAGAAAGUAAUCCCCAAAGACAGCUUUGGUGGCCGGCAACCAUUGUACAUAAAAUUAACGAAGAAAGUCCUUUAUUCGGUAUUUCGCCGGAAAUGUUAAACGAAUCAGACUUUGAAAUUAUUAUUAUCCUAGAAGGUUCCAUUGCUUCAACAAGUAUGACAUUUCAGGGUCGGACCUCUUAUAUGCCAUGUGAAAUAAAAUGGGGACAUCGGUUUUCUCCGAUGUUUUCCGGACGACAUAUAGCCGGUAAACACCAGGUGAAUUUUGAUAAUUUCGACGCCAUACGACCCGUAGAACCUUCGCCUUUUAUGAGUGCUAGUGAAUGGUGGUUUGAAAGACGGGACAUCGAAAGUUGUUACAAGAGACAGCGAGCUUUCUCUUCUGGUUCAAUACUAUCAAUGACGUAGAUGUAACUUAAAACAAAUUUACUGAAUUGUGAUAUGCACAGACAUGGUGAUAUAUAUGCAACACAAAUCGUUAAAAAUAAUCAAAUACAGUAGAAACAGAUUUCAUAACAAUGCUUAUUGUCUUAAAAUACGAAAACCCAAUUGACGUAACCUACAUUGGUUGUCAUGGAGAUCGUUUUGCGGAGGAAUAAGGUAUUAAAAGUGCAGAGUUACCAUGGCGCUAUAUACUCGUACACUCACGCCUGCUGUGUCAUCUUUCAUCUUUCAUGCACUAGGUAUUGUAGGCCUAUAUGGGCAUUGCUGACUAUUUACAUAAUAUGCUCUGCCUUGGCGACACAACGGUCAAAUACAUGAAAUACCCCAAUCUGCGAUACUGAACUGCGUCACCAUGGCGAUAACUGCCAUUACACAGAGGACAUUAUUGUCUUGGUAAAGCUUCAAGGGCAUAUUUACACGAGGGAAUAUUUUGUGACGUACAACGUAUUUACUGCGGAAUUAAUCAUUUAUACUUCUGGGGCCUACUAUAUUAUAUGAAGCUAUGAUCGCGGUGUAUCGGAGUGGAGUUCGUUUGCUUAUCAAGAAGUACAUCAAAUCAAUCCACGUUGUAAAAGCUCGUCCUUUUACAAAAAUUUUAAUAACUAUUACGUGUUGCCUAGUAUCGAAUUUUUAAAUGCCAACAUUAACCACAACGAAUGUAUAACUGUAUUGGUUAUAAAUAAAUCAGAUUGUGUUAUUUUA